AUGUCGGCCUCACCACUGGUCGUCCGCGCGACCGACGCGCUGAAGCCGGCGGGCUCAAUCGGCUCGCCAUUCAAAAAUGUCUCGUCAAACCAGGCUUCCGCCAACGGCACGCCGCAGCCGCCCAAGGACAAGAAUGCACCCGCCUCUUUGCCGCCGACCCUCGACCUUGCCGAGCAGAUGAACGAGGAGGAGAAGCGCAAAUAUGUCAAAGGCAAGAAGCUAGGUGAAGGUACCUACGCCAUCGUCUUCCUCGGCCACCUCCGUUCCGACAAGUCCUCCCUCGUUGCCAUCAAGAAGAUCAAAGUCCAGAAAGAAUACCAGGAAGGCAUGGCCCCCGACGCCGUGCGCGAACUCAAGCACCUCCAGGAACUUCAACAUCCGAACAUCAUCUCCCUCCUCUCCGUCUUCUCCUCCAAAGACCAGAACCUCAACCUCGUCCUCGAAUACCUCCCUCUUGGCGACCUCGAGAUGCUCAUCAAAGACACUGCCAACGUCCGCUACGGUGCCGCAGAUAUCAAGGCCUGGAUGGGUAUGCUCACCCGCGCCGUCUGGUUCUGCCACGAGAACUUCGUGCUGCACCGCGAUAUCAAGCCCAACAACUUGUUGAUCGCUGCCGACGGCGAGGUCAAGCUUGCUGAUUUCGGUCUCGCGAGAGGCUUCGCGGAUCCGCACCAGGUCAUGACCAACCAGGUCAUCACACGCUGGUACCGCCCUCCUGAGCUGCUCUUCGGCUGCAAGCACUACAGCGGCGCGGUCGAUGUCUGGAGCGUAGGCUGCGUGUUUGCGGAGCUCAUCAUCCGUGCGCCGUACAUGCCUUCCGAGACGGAGGUUCAGCAGAUCUCGCUCAUUUGUCGUGCCGUCGGAACCCCCACAGAAGACAACUGGCCAGGCGUCACCAAGUUGCCGGCUUACACCGUCCCCGACGACGGCGAGCCGGUCAGGGGCAGAGACUACUACCAGGGUACUUUCGGCACCGUGGGAUCCGCGGGCGUGGACCUGCUUAUGAAAACUCUCAUUCUCGACCCUAAGAAGCGCAUCACGGCCAAGGACAUGUUGAAGCACAAUUGGUGGCGCACCGAGCCCAAGCCCUCGCGUAACGCGGAUCUGCCCAAGAAGGGCGGCGGCGAGGAGAAGAUGGGUGCAGAUCUCAAGAAGCGACCGGGUUUGGUCGAGGAGGACAGGGGUGCUAAGGUUGCGCGCAAGUUGGACUUUGGACCAAGAUAG